AACAUCCCCUCAUUCUCGGGGACAGGACGGUCGGUCACCGCUUAUGCCUUCUUCACACGCAUGCAGGCUGAUGCAUUGACAAAUCCAGCUCAAGUGGAGCGUAUCGUGAGGCGAAACAGUUUCACGUUGGUUUUAAAGGUUUUGUGAAAGCAGCCGAGGCGGUAGACGCUUAUGUCCACGCGCCGUACAGCGCCACCUGUCGGCCCCGAGUAAAAGUGCAGCGCCUCCUCUCCUUCCUACUCUCCAAUGUUCACAGCUCGGCCGGAGCCCGUCGUCUUCCCGGCUCCAUUUCAACUGGAUUUUUAACACUCCUAACCACCCCAGUUCAGGACAGGACCGCGUCUAAGGUGGAAAAUGUCCAGUGAAAGACAACGGUCAGAUGAUGAAAGUCCCAGCACCAGCAGCGGUAGUUCUGAUGCGGAUCAGAGAGAUCUCCCGGUGCCAGAACCAGAGGAACAAGAGGAGCGAAAACAACCAACGCCUCCACAACAGCAGAAAAAAUCCACCAAACUGUCCAGCAAAACAACAGCCAAAUUAUCCUCCAGCGCAAAGAGAAUCCAGAAAGAGCUUGCAGAAAUCACUCUGGAUCCUCCACCCAACUGCAGUGCGGGACCCAAAGGUGACAACAUCUAUGAGUGGAGAUCCACCAUCCUGGGUCCACCAGGUUCAGUCUAUGAGGGCGGCGUCUUCUUUCUGGACAUCACCUUCUCCUCGGAUUACCCCUUUAAGCCACCAAAGGUCACGUUUCGUACGAGGAUCUAUCACUGCAACAUCAACAGUCAGGGUGUGAUCUGCCUGGACAUCCUGAAGGAUAACUGGAGCCCGGCUCUGACCAUCUCCAAGGUCCUGCUUUCCAUCUGUUCUCUGCUGACAGACUGCAAUCCAGCGGAUCCUCUGGUGGGAAGCAUAGCUACUCAGUACCUGACCAACAGAGCAGAGCAUGACAGAAUAGCUCGACAGUGGACCAAGAGAUACGCCACAUAGACGGCAGGUCACCGACACCUCCAACCUCUGGUCUGCCCUUCCUCCUCUUCCCAAAUCCCCUUCGUCCAUCCCUCGCUCCGCACACUCUUCUCUGCCGCCACCGCCCCCAGUUCCCUUCCACCCGCAGGAGUGUAAAGAUCCAGGAGAGGCAACUUUACAACGUGCAACAAAUCUUUAUAGCCUUUACAAUACGGACUUCUGUGUAUAUGUCAUACUGAUUCUACCCCGUGUUUUUACCCGAUAACGGACUGGGAGCGCAGACAGGACCCACCAAGGUGUAAAGGCUGCCGGAGUAGAAUUUUGUAGCUGUAGAUUUAGUUCUGUUUAAAAGCCUACUUGCAAGUCUUGCUUCUUUGGGAUAUAAAAAAAAACAAAUGUAUUUUGUGAUGUAAUAAGGAAAAUGUUCCUAAAGUCAACCAAAUAUUAUGGUGCAUUUUAGCCUAAUUCAUUAUCUGUAUGAAGUCAAAGAAAAACGAAAAAAAAAAGAUAAAAAAAGAAAAUGAAAAACAAGCUGUAGAUUAUUAGAAAUGAUGUCAUUUAUAUGAGACCCACACUCAUUUCCAGUUCUGUGGUACAUGCUGUUGUGAAUCUGUUAUACCUUUGUCAGUUUGUAAUGAAGCGAUCUCAUUGAACGUUUUGUAGCUCAGCUGAGAUGAGCAACCACUGUAACAUCCCCUCAAACACAAUAAUAAAAAAAUGUCCCCAGGG